GACGUGGCAAUUCCUGACGUCAUUCAAACGCGGCCAUUUUCGACAGGGUUAAUCGAGUUUGGCUCGCGUUCUGGAGUUGAUCGGAUGCAAUUUCGCAUUUUCCCACACGUAUUGCCUAAGAAGACUCAAGUGUCAGGCAAGAUUAAGGAAAGAUGAUGGAAGAGAGCGGAAUAGAGACCACUCCGCCCAGCACUCCUCCUCCUCCCCUUAGCACUGCUGUUGCCAUCAGUCCACCUCCUCUCACGAUGGGACUUUCAAGUCCAAUGAGCCUUCCUGGCACCACAGGCAUCUCUACCUUUGCCCCAGAGGGCAUCUCCACACCAGCACCCCCUACAGCAGUGACCUCUAUCUUGCCACCUGUUCAGUCCUCCCCUGCUCCACCAUAUUCCCUCAGCCCCAUGAAGCCGCUGUCCCCAGCCUCUCAAGGUUUUGCUUCUCCCGUUGCUGGGGGUGUGGCUUUCAGCAGUCCACAUGUCCAUACUGUUCCUCCUCCUCCAUGUCAAGUGAUGUCCGCUCCACCAAUGGGGCCUCCCACCACCGGUUUCAGCCCUCAUGCAGCGUACGACAUCACGCGUGGACAUGCCGGCCGUACACCACAAACUCCGCUGAUGCCCAGUUUCUCCAGUGCGCCCCCUAUGCCAGGUGUGGUUACAAACCCAAUGAUGCAACAGCCAGUGAUGUCUGGCGGUUUAGGGGUUGUUUCUCCCAUUACAUUCCCAGAGGGUCAUGACGAUCCCAGAGCUAUGGAGAACAACCCCUCUGGAGGUGGAAUAUGGGGCUUCAUUAAGGGUGUGGCAGGUAACCCUAUGGUGAAGACGGUCCUGGACAAAACCAAGCACUCUGUGGAGUCCAUGAUCACCACAUUAGACCCUGGAAUGGCUCCAUACAUUAAAUCAGGAGGUGAUCUGGACAUUGUGGUGACCUCUGAUAAAGAGGUGAAGGUAGGAGCAGUGCGUGAUGCCUUCCAAGAAGUGUUCGGCAUGGCCAUGGUGACUGGGGAAGCAAGCCAGUCCAACAUUGCUCCUCAGCCAGUGGGCUACGCAGCUGGAGUCAAGGGGGCUCAGGAGCGCAUUGACAGUCUACGGCGUACGGCAGUAAUCCACGAGAAACAGCCUGUGGUCUCUGUGGAGAACUUCAUAGCAGAGCUCUUCCCAGACAAGUGGUUUGACAUUGGCUGUCUGAUUCUGGAUGAUCCUGGCAAUGGCAUCCACAUCGAAACUUUCACGCAGACAACUCCUGUAGCUCUGGAACAUGUACAACAGGCUCAGUCUCUCACCCCUCCGGAUUACAGUCUGCGCUGGUCUGGGCUGCUCGUGACCGUAGGCGAGGUGCUAGAGAGGAACGUGCCCAACGUUAGCCGUACAGACUGGCACCUGGCCUUCACCGGCAUGUCCCGCAGGCAGAUGAUCUAUAGCGCUGCCAAAGCUCUGGCUGGUACAUACAAAAUGCGGCUGCCCCCCAGGACGAUAUAAGAUCUUUUAAAAACACCCACUCUGCUCUCAGAACACGGACACCGCCUGUCAAAAUGGCGAUUUUUCUUUUUUUAAAAAAACGUCUUUGUAAAAAAAUAAGUCAAUGCUGCAUUGGACGUCUCUGAUUUUAAAAAAUUACUCAAAGUUGCCCAAGAAUUCUGAGCAGGGUUGGUCCGUUUUUUGGGGGUUGGUCCAGCAGGUUACCUAUGUUACAGUGGCGAAAUAAGACUUCUAUAUGUGCUAGAAUUUAUUGACGUGUGUCAGAUGCAGAAUAGGUUAUCACUGAGAUUAUUGUGGAAAUGAAGCGUGGUGGAAACUACGCUGAGAUCAACAGUGUGGUAAAAAUAACAUUGAGACCCUGAUAUGAAAUUAGAUAGCAAAUACCAGAUACUGGUACCAGUUUCUCGGCCCCUGAGCUAGUACGCCGUCUGCCAUGACAAAUUUAACAACAGUAUUGUUAAAUGUUGCUUUUGAAAUAUUCGGGAAAAGAUCGAUUUCUAAUCCAACAAGGAACGAUCCCGACCUGAUCAGUGAACUGUUCGUACAGAUUAUCCAUCUAUUCAUUUUAAAAUAACAAUGAUAAAAACUUCAUGAAUCAUCAUGAAAACAAAAUAUCAUUUCCCAGCCAAAUAAAUAAAUAAAGAAUAAACACAGGCUUGAACUAUGGUAAACCCUGGGUCUUUUUUCUAAUAUAUUUUUAAUUUUUUCAGUCACAUAGCAUGAUGAUAUUUUUAAUACUUUUGCUUUUAUUCCUAAAGAUUCAGUCCUACAUGCAUGCAUUCGUUGCAUUUUGCCAAUCGUUUAAACAACUGUUACACCGUGAGUAGAGUACUGGCUACUCUUAUUAAAAAAAAAAAAAGCUGUAUGAAUGAUCUUUAGCGUUUGUAGAAGUUUGUACCGAGUCUUUUUUUUGUAUACAGUCCGUCCACCUUGAACGAAUCGAUUCAACUCAGGAUUGUAUUUAAAGCACAGAUUGUGCAGUCUAUAUAGAGUAAGUGGUUGUUUUUCUGCUACCAAAGGACAUGCUUCAGCACAAGUGCUUUUUCAUUUCACAUUUCUCAAAGAACAUUUGCCUGAUUUGCUGCUUAAAGAUUUGUUCAUUACAUUUUUCUUUUGUCAAAGCCUAAAUAAGAACACUUUAUUCUAGCCUGAUGGCUGGAUUAUCUAACUCUGUGCAAAUUGUGUGCUUUAAAUACUUACCUUUUAAAGUAGAUCUUAUAGUGAAUCUAAACGUAUAAACUAAAAUGAAAAUGGAUGAUCGUUUAGCUCUGGGUCGUUAUUACACCUCUGGCAUAUUCGACAUUAUAAGUCCCUAUUAUUUGAAGUAAAAGAACCAAAUUAGGUUUUAAAUGAUCUUAACAUGAAGCUUGUAAAGAAAAUUGUCAUUUGUUCGUUAUUCAGAUUUUUGUCUUAAAGCACUCGGAGUGAUACAGAAGCCUGGGGAAAUCGAAAAGUCUCUGUGUAUGACCUCUGAGAAUUUUGUCCUCAUCUUUAUUUUUUUGUUGUUGUUGUUUUGAUGAAGAUGAGUAGUUGUGUACUGUUCACUGUCAAGCCCAAAAUCACUGUAAGGUGUCGUGUAUGUGCGAUGUGAGAAAAUGAAGAGAUCUGAGCAUGUCAUGAAGUGGAAGAACAGAUCAACAUAAUGUCAUGGGGCUUUUGUUUCGUUUUGUUUUUCUAUAAUUUAAAAACACCUAUGGAUGCAUAUCUUUGGACCUCCAUUAAUUGUACUUCCUAAAGGUGCCUUCUGUCUGCAGAAGAGUAAAAACUUUUUCAGUAAA